AUGGCUAUCAUAAGCAAUAUCGCUUAGUCAUUAUCUCUUUGUACUAAAGAGUUCACUUUUUAAAUUAAAAUAUCAUUUUCAAAUCAAAAAAAAAGUGGCAGUUAGACAUAUCUUAAUUAUUACCAAACUUAGGUAAUUAAUUUUAGAAGGUAUUUUAGAUUUAUUCCUGCAAAGUAGAAAACAGCUUUUGGAAUUGGGUCAUUAGGUUUAAAGGUCAAUAACUCCAUAUUUAAUAUGAGAAUACAACCCAUUGCUAUACUUGGAUGUUUAACGGUAUUCUGAUCUGCCUUCAUCAAUCAUCAGACCUUGUAGAAGUCUCCAAUUUUGGAAACCUAAUGCAAAUUAUUUAUAUUUUUGAUUGCUUAUUUAAGAACUUGGAUAAGAUACUUAUGAAUAUUCGAUUGGGCUAAGAAUAGAGUCUGAUAUCGAAAGAACAACAUAAGCAGGUGCAUUUUAAUACAUGCUUUUUUUCUUUAUCACCAAGUUUCCAAUUUCAAAAAUAGUUAAAAACCAUUUUAAUUGUUAGUUCAAACGACUUCCAUAAAAAAAUUACUCAUGAAUUUCCUUAAUUGAACUUGCAACUAGUUAUAUUAAUAUAAGAUACAGUAAAUUUAACUUUCUUUCUUUGUAAGUAUUUAUUUUUUUAAGCUCCUUAAUUGUGUAACUAGAAAAUACUUUUUUGA